AUGGCGUGUGUCGCGGCGGCUGCACCUUCUUCGUCCUGGGGCGGCGGCUAUGGUAACGGGGGCAAUGGAGGUAAUGGCGGGAAGUGUGUUACCCAAGACCAGGCCACAAAGAUCGUCCACGACUAUGCCUUCUUCCUGGCGCACGCCGACCCAAAUCAAAUCCAACAAGCCAAUGCCACAGCCCAGAAGAUCCUUGCUUCCGAUUUCACCGAGCAGUCUGACUCGAUCAAUGGGUUCCUUGGCCUCAAGCCGGGCGACCUCACCUUCCCGUCCAAGGCUGGCUACAUCAACGUGGUGCUGGCCCAGCCACCUAUCUUCGGUAUUACCGAUCUUCAGCUCGUCCCGUUCAACUGCAACCAGAUCCUCUGGUACUGGAAGUUCGAUAACCCGGGCAACUUCAACGCCCCCCAGCCGCCACAGGCCGUCCAGGGAAUGAACAUCUUCGACAUCAACGACAAGGGCCUCAUCGAACACGUCGCUGUUGAGUUCAGCGUCUUCUACUACGUUGACCUUGGCUUUAACGUCUCGGGCUUCAAUGGUCCCAUUGCAGGUGUGAACGCGUGA